CAGGUUUGGCUUGGUGCACGGAGCGCAUUCACUCACACGACUGGUGACUGUUCUGUUUGUCUCUAAGAGGACCGUUUGAAUUUAAAGAAACCAUGGGAGAGUGGGGAUUUCUGUCCGCCCUGCUGGACAAGGUCCAGAUCCACUCCACUGUCGUUGGGAAGGUCUGGCUCAGCGUGCUUUUUAUCUUCAGGAUCAUGGUGCUCGGAGCUGGAGCAGAGAAGGUUUGGGGUGAUGAACAGUCCAAUAUGAUUUGUAACACCAAACAACCUGGUUGCAAGAAUGUCUGCUACGACCACGCCUUCCCAAUUUCACACAUUCGAUUCUGGGUCCUCCAGAUAAUUUGUGUCUCAACACCAACACUGAUCUACCUUGGUCAUGUCAUGCAUGUCGUCCACAAAGAGAAGAAGCUGAGAGAAUACAGAGAGAAACACCCUAAUGUUGAAAUCGUCAAACAUCCCAAGUACAGUGACGAUAAAGGCCACGUCAAGAUCAAAGGCAAUCUGCUGGGAAACUACAUGACCUCCAUAUUUUUCAGAAUAAUUCUGGAGGUAGCGUUCAUUGUGGGGCAGUAUUAUCUGUACGGGUUCAUCAUGGACCCAUUAGUCGUCUGCUCCCGAGCGCCAUGCCCCUUCACUGUAGAGUGCUACAUGUCUCGACCCACUGAGAAAACCAUCUUCAUCAUCUUCAUGCUGGUUAUGUCCUGCAUCUCUCUGGUGCUCAACGUGGUAGAGAUCUUCUAUCUGGCAUGUUGUCGCUCAUCCAGGCGAAAGUCUAAAAUGCUGCAAGCGCCCGCUAUUCCCGUUCACCCCCGUAUCAAUGGCAACAGCAUGAUGAAUACUGAGAAGUAUGGCCUCCAUGAUGCCAGUCACAGCACAGCCUGAGGAAUUCCAUUUAUAUCCAGUGUGCAAAAUUUUAAGUCAUGCUGUUGACAAACAAGGAGGUCAUUUAAAAAGGGGGUAAAUUUGAAUGAGCCCAUGGUACACAUUUGUAAAAUUACACAAAAGUUAUUCAUUUAUAAGAUGCUUAGAACUUUGUUUUUAAAAAAUCAUGUAUAUUUGGAGUUACUAUAUUUAUGAUAGCAAAGAAAAUGCACCCAAAUAAUUUAUAAUAUAUUGUCACUGGAACAAACUUUUAAAAAGUGUUAAGGACAAAUGUAUGUUUUUGUGGGCUUUUUUUUUUCCUUUGUGUUUUGUACAUACCAUGACAGGGGACAGCUGUGAACACUGGUUUCCCCCAAGUGGCAAGUUGGUAAUUGUGGCAGAAAACUUAAUGUCAGCCUGAUGUGGCCAGUGACUACAUGACCUGAAUAUCAAAGAGACCUGACCAUAUAACUUGACUUACCUCAGAUAUCUUUGACUGUGAUUCGGUUUGAAUUCACUAAAAUCCAUAUUUAAAAGUGCAAGCUUUUUGCUUUGUAAGAGCUGUUAGUGCUUUUUUGCUAUCAAAAAAUGUCUUUUGUUGUUCAGUCUCUUCCGUAUUGAUAAUUUUACCGUCAUGACUUUUGGAAGUGUAAAUAUGUCAACUGGAAGGCAUUUGUUUUGUCAUGUUUUGUACUAAAACUACAUGUGCUACAUGUGUGUUUUUAACUCAUAGUAAACUUGAUAAAUUCAAUGCAAAAACAUGUAUGUUUAUUAAAUCAUGUUUAAAA